AUGGCAACAGUAGCUGAAUCAGAUGUAUGUUCAACCUGCAAAAAGCCGUCAGCUAAAUUUUUAUGCGUGGGAUGUAAUACAUACUUUUGUUCGAAGCAUUUCAAAGAGCAUGAACAAAAACUCUCAACGAAAUUUGACCAUGAAAUUGUAAAGUCGCAUGAUGAGCUACUCGACCAAAUUCAAAAGUUAGAAAAAUCGAAUUAUUCAUCAUCGGAUCUAUUCGCUCAAAUUGAACAAUGGCGGCAAGCAACAAUCGACAAAGUAGAGAAAGCAGCAGAACGAGCUCGUCAAGACCUUACCGAACUACUUGACAAACAAAAAAUAACAAUAGCGAAACAACUUGAACCAAUUACAAAGGAAAUUCAUAGUCGUCGAGAUGAAGAUGAUUUUGUCGAAAGUGAUAUUCAUCGACUUCGACAACAAAUCAAUGAAAUCCAAGGAUCACUUCAACAAUUGAUUCGAAAAGACACAACCAAAACCAUCAUUGUUGACAAUGAUAAAAUCGAUUGGAAUCGACUCAUCUACAUUCAAGGAGAACAACAAGACUUUUCAGUACCAUUUCUACACAGUGAAAAUGUGAAUGAAAAUGUAAAAUGGAUACAGAAUGGUGUCACUGUGGCUGGAGGAAAUGAGCAUGGCAAUGAAAUGGAUCAGCUCUAUCAUCCGUGGGGUCUGUGUGUUGAUGAUGAUCAAAUCAUCUACAUUGCUGAAUACUCGAAUCACCGUAUUACGGAAUGGAAAUGUGGUGCAACAACUGGUCGAGUUGUGGCUGGUGGAAACGGACAAGGACAUCAUCAUAAUCAGUUGAACUAUCCGACAGAUGUAAUUAUUGAUAAAGAAAAUGAUAGCUUAAUCAUUUGUGAUUACAACAAUAAAAGAGUAGUUCGAUGGUCUCGUCAAAAUGGUACAACUGGGGAAACGAUCAUCUCAAAUAUUGGCUGUUUGGGCUUGACCAUGGAUGAUAAUGGAUUUCUAUAUGUUGUUGAUCACGAUGAGCAUGAAGUCAAACGAUAUCGAAUGGGAGAAAGUCAUGGAACUGUGGUUGCAGGUGGAAAUGGACCAGGGGAUGGUCUCAAUCAGUUGGAUUAUCCGAGAUACGUAUUCGUCGACCGAGAUCAUUCAGUGUACGUAUCAGAUUACAAUAAUCAUCGUCUAGUGAAAUGGUUAAAAGGUGCAAAACAAGGUAUUGUUGUAGCUGGUGGUCACGGUCAAGGGCAUGGUCUUACACAAUUAUCGAAUCCCUACGGAAUUGGCGUCGAUCAGUCAGGUACUGUCUAUGUGGCUGACUAUUCGAAUAAUCGAAUUAUGCGUUGGACUCAAGGAGUCACACAAGGAAAUGUCAUUGUCGGCGGAAAUGGUCAUGGAAACCAAUCGAACCAACUUCAUAGUCCCAUCGGUUUGUCAUUUGAUAGAGAGGGCAAUCUGUACGUGAGUGAUAAUGGAAAUCAUCGCGUGCAAAAGUUUAACAUUGAUCGACAUUGA